AUGGUGGCGUGCGCGAGCGCGUGCGCGCGGGGCGAGUGCGGCGAGGUCGCCGGCGCCGCCGCGGCGCACGCGCAGCUGACGGUGGCGACGCUGCGCAACGCGUCGGGCCACUGGGAGGCGCGGGUGCGCCUGUACCAGGAGGCCGCGCCGCCCGCGCGCCUGCAGCCGCUGCUGGUGGACGUGCGCCCGGCCUCGUCGCUGUGCGGCCCGCUGCGCUCGCACCUGCUCACCGUCACGCUCUCCGGGCCUCCUCUGGUCCCACCUGGCUACACUGAGCUGUCGGGCUUGGGGUUCUACCGGCUGUACGAGGAGAACAUCACGUGGCCUGAGGCGAAGUCUGCGUGCGAGGCCGAAGGCGCGCAUCUGCUCGUCCUCAAUUCGCAGGCCGAAGCCACGGCCAUCCAGAAGCUCAUCCAAAGGCACCCCUCCGUCACCCCGUGGAUCCACAUCGGCUUCCACGACAAGAUCAAAGAGGGACACUACGUCACUAUUUUCGACAUAAGUUUCAUCCUUGAAAGGAUUAAAAUACUAAAAAGAAGACAACUUCAACAACGCGAAGACAUUUUUGAACUAUUCAAGAACAUAUUUUACCACGAGAAAAGCGGAGAAAGAAUGGAAGGUACAAUUUCAUAA